AUGGAUGUCGUAAAGGCUGUCGAUACAUACAUCACGAAGAUGGUAUCGGUCCCUUCAGCGAUGAAGGUGUUCUUGUUGGAUACACACACGACGCCCAUUGUAUCCCUGGCUUCAACUCAAUCAACAUUGCUGUCCCAUCAAGUCUAUCUUACAGACCGCAUAGACAACAAGAAGCGAGACCGGAUGCCCCACAUGAAGUGUGUAUGCUUUUUGCGGAAUUGUGAUGAAAGCUUGGAUGCUUUAGAGGCUGAACUUCGGGAGCCGAACUAUGGAGAAUACUACCUGUACUUCAGUAACAUACUUAGCAAGACUGCCAUCGAGCGUCUAGCUGAUGCGGAUGAAUUCGAAGUCGUCAGGGAAGUGCAGGAAUAUUUCGCAGAUUAUGCACCCCUCCUUCCCUCUCUGUUCUCGCUGAACCACCCUCCUUCCUCUUCGAAGCCACUGUUCGGUUCGUCGCCAAACACAUGGGACCCCAAAGCGUUGCGAUACACUGUUCAGGGUCUCAUAUCAGUGUUGCUUAGCUUGAAGAAGAAGCCCGUGAUUCGGUACGAGAAGAUGAGUGCUAUGGCGAAGAAGUUGGCCGUUGAAGUUCAGCACUGCGUUCAAUCGGAAUCCCAACUAUUCGAUUUUCGGCUGACACAAGUCCCGCCAUUGCUCCUGAUCCUCGACAGACGAAAUGACCCAGUGACGCCCAUCCUUUCACAAUGGACUUACCAGGCUAUGGUGCACGAGCUUUUUGGAAUACAAAAUGGCCGUGUCGAUAUGACCCAAGUGCCAGAUAUUCGACCGGAGCUUUCUGAAAUCACAUUAACGACUUCGACGGACCCGUUUUUCCAAGCUCAUCAUCUAGCCACUUUCGGCGACCUCGGGACUUCUCUCAAGUCCUACGUGCAGUCUUAUCAGGCACGCUCCCUUGCCCAGAACCCUGCAACUAUAAAUUCCAUUACAGAUAUGAAGCGUUUCGUGGAGGAGUAUCCCGAAUUUAGGAAGCUUGGUGGGAACGUGAGCAAGCAUGUGGCUCUAGUCGGUGAGCUGAGUCGACUUGUCGGGAAAGAGAAGUUGUUGGAAAUUGGUGAGGUUGAGCAAGGCCUUGCAACGUCGGCAGGGGCGGAUAUCAAGAGUGUGCAAACGUUCAUCACAGAUAACGCUGUUUCUCCCAGGGCGAAACUUCGCCUUGUCAUUCUGUAUGCUCUGCGGUAUCAAAAGACGCAGGCAAGCAACAUCGCAUCACUUAUCAACCUCGCAUUGCAAAACGGCGUCCGGCGGGAAGAUGCUCGUCUGGUCUACGUAGUGCUCAAUAUAGCUGGUUCGGAUCAGCGGCAAGAUGAUUUGUUCUCUACUGAGUCUUUACUUGCGAUGGGUCGCUCCGCCUUGAAAGGAUUAAAGGGUGUAGAGAAUGUGUACAUGCAGCACACUCCCCAUCUGUCACAGACGCUGGAGAAUCUUUUCAGAGGGCGUUUAAAAGACACAAGCUAUCCAUUCCUAGAAUCAGCGGGUCCGAACGCUGGUUUACAGAGGCGCGCUCUCCUAUCUUCACCGCAAGAUGUGAUAAUCUUCAUGAUUGGCGGCACAACAUAUGAGGAAGCGAGGGCGAUUGCUCUCCUUAACCAGGAUGGCACAGCUAUUGGUACCGGGGGAGCUCGUUUCCUGCUGGGAGGAAGCUGCAUUCAUAACUCAUCGAGUUUCCUUGACAUGGUCAGCUCUGCAGCGGCAGGCUUCCCUUCUUCGAUUUAUGAACCGCCACCGGAGUCAGCUUCAAAUGCUCCGGCAUUGAAUUUGAACCUAGGGAGUGUCAAUGUCAGUAUCGGUGGUCCCGGAGGGGCAGGGGUAUACAGGACCAGCGGGGACAACGUGGGCGUCCAGGCGGAUGGGAUCAGAGACGGGGUGAGGAGUCUCAUCGGAAAGGUGAAGCAAGGCGUGGACCGCAUAGGACUUCAGUAGGCGGUAUGCACAUGAGUAUUUAUCUAUACCUGGACGUUCUUGCGGUCUACUCGUCAACGGCAAUAUAUUUCGGCAGAUCGGUGAUUCAGAGG